AUGACUAAAGAUGAUACAACAUCAGAAUCGCAGUCCAAAUCAAUGAACUCUCUGUUGUUCUAUGUCAAUGGAAAAGAAAUUAUUGAGCAUAAUGCUGAACCUGACUGGACUCUACUUUGGUAUCUGAGAAAUAAACUGAAACUUACUGGUCCUAAAUUAGGUUGCGGUGAAGGUGGUUGCGGCGCAUGUACCGUUCUUAUUUCACAAUCUAUCAAUCGAAGUUCUGACGAAAUAGAACAUCGGACGGUGAAUGCCUGUUUAGCACCUCUGUGCUCUGUUGAUGGAUGUCAUAUUGUGACUGUAGAAGGAUUGGGCUCAAUGAACAAGUCCAAUAUACAUCCGAUUCAAUCGCGUCUUGUUGAAUUAUUCGGUUCACAAUGUGGUUUCUGUACACCAGGAGUAGUCAUGUCACUCUAUGGAACUGGUACAUCAAAAAAUAAUGAAUUAUCGACUAUACAAGAUAUUGAAGAAGCUUUGGAUGGUAAUCUUUGUCGAUGUACUGGAUAUCGACCUAUUCUUGAUACUGCAAAAACAUUUGCAAGCGACAUAGACAAAUUACCUCAUGAAGAAUCAUUACCAUUCACAUCAACUACAUUCGAUAAAUGUCUUUCAUUUGCCAAGCAAAAUUCAUUGCCAUUGAGUCAAGUAGAGUUUCCCGAAAAGCUACGUCAUUAUAUUCCUCAAUCGCUUCAUAUUAUGGGUUCAUCAAUCGAUUGGUAUCGUCCUCUAUCACUCAGUGAACUACUUCAACUUCGUCACACUUAUCGUGGUGAUGCAUCAAAACUUGUUUUUGGCAAUACUCGAGUAGAAAUAGAGAGAAAAUUCAAGCAAAUCAAACAUACAUGUCUCAUUUCUCUUACACAUAUCGAAGAAUUACAACAACUUAAGCGAACAGCAGAUGAAUUCUAUCUUGGUGCAGGUAGCACAUUUACACGAUUGAAGUUGAAGUUGAUUGAAUGGACUAAUGAAAAGAUAAACGAUGGUGGCAUUUGUCAAGCUCUACUCGAUCAACUCAGAUAUUUUGCAUCGACACAGAUACGAAAUGUUGCUUCGCUCGGUGGCAAUGUUAUCACUGCUUCAUCGAUUUCGGAUAUCAAUCCAGUAUUGCAAGCGGCCGGUGCUGAACUUGAAUUGCAUCGUGCUGAUAGUACUGAAGCACGUUACAUCUCAUUGCGCGAUUUUUUUCUCGGCAAUGGUCGUGUAUCAAUGGCUGACAAUGAAGUUCUUGUUGCCAUUCACAUUCCUCUUCCGAAUCCAUCGAGUAAAUGGUUUCUUCGAUCAUACAAACAAGCACGUCGGCGAGAUGAUUCUAAAGGAAUUGUUAGUGCUGGAUUUCAAGUUCAACUAGAGCAAUUGGAUUCACUCGAUGGUCAAUGGCAGAUUAUUUCAAUUUGUUUGUCAUUUGGUGGAAUGUCAUCAACAACAAUCAUGGCAAAAAACACUCAACAACAAUUAGUUGGACUAGCUUGGACGAGAAUAACAAUUAACAAAGCCUUCAAAUUAAUCUUGCAAGAGUUGCCACUUGAUGAGCAGACUCCAGGUGGCCAAUCUGAAUAUAGACGAACACUAGUUCAAUCAUUUCUCUUCAAAUUCUAUGCCUAUGUCUGUGUUGAAUUGCGUCUAUCGACAACCGAUUCGAGCUUUCUUUCUAUUGCUCGUCCUUUUCAUCGAUCGAUAUCGCAUGGCCAACAGACCAUACCUGAACGACCUUCUUCACAAAAAACCGUAGGUACUUCACUACCACAUCAAUCAGCCUAUUUACAAACGACUGGAAAGGCUAUCUUCAUCGAUGAUAUGCCAUCAUUAAUCAAUACAUUGCAUGCUGCACUUGUACUUAGUACACAACCUAAUGCUAAAAUAAAAAAUAUCGAUAUUGGAGCUGCCUCUCAAGUACCCGGUUUCGUAUCAUUUGUUAGCUAUUCAGAUGUACCGGGUUCCAAUAAAAUAGGUGUGAUGGAACUAGAUGAGGAGGUUUUCGUAUCAUCAAUUGCUCCAUGUAUUGGUGCUAUUAUUGGUGUUGUUGUUUGUGAAUCUGAACAAGAAGCUCUUGUGGCCUCUAAACUAGUUCAAAUCGAAUACGAAUUGUUAACACCAACAAUAUUAACAAUCCAAGAUGCCAUUCACAAUGAAUCUUAUUUUGGUGAUGAAAUGUGUCUUAGACAAGGAGAUGUGAAUAAGGGUUUUGCCGAUGCCAAACAUAUAUUAGAAGAAACACUAUGGAUUGGUGGUCAAGAACAUUUCUAUCUAGAAUCCAAUAGUUAUAUGGUGAUACCAUCAAACGACGAUAAAGAAUUAACUUUAUACUUAGGUACACAAAAUCCGAGUACUACUCAAGACUUGAUCGCAUUAGUACUUGGCCGAGAUGUUAGUCGUAUCACGUGUCACGUCAAACGAAUCGGUGGUGCAUUUGGUGGCAAAGAAUCACGAUCAAUACCCCCGUGUGCUGCUAUCGCAGUAGCUGCCGUGAAAACUGGUCGUCCAGUUCGUCUCACUCUUGACCGUCAUACUGAUAUUUCUAUAACAGGACACCGACAUCCAUUCAAAAUCGAAUACAAAGUUGGUUUUACUGACGAAGGCCUAUUCUGCGCGCUUGAUAUUCGAAUGUGGAACAAUGGCGGUUGUUCCUUGGAUACAUCAAGCGCCAUCAUGGAGUGGGCAAUGCUUCAAAUGGGUAAUUGCUAUCGAUUUCCUCAUAUACGAAUUCGUGGUUAUGCUUGCAAAACACAUUUACCAUCUAAUACAGCUUUUCGUGGUUUUGGUGCUCCACAAGCAAUGUUAACUUGUGAAAACGUUGUUGAACAUGUUGCUUCAUAUCUUAAACGUGAUCCAUUGAUGAUUCGUCAUCUUAAUCUCUUUAAAGAAGGCGAACUGACACAUUAUGGACAAGCAUUAGAACACUGGAAUGUCCCUCGAAUCUUAGAAGAACUUAGUCGCUCGAGUGAUUUCUUCCAACGACAAAUACAUGUCAAUGAAUUCAAUCGUACAAAUAUCUAUCGAAAACGUGGUCUCUGUAUGAUACCAGCAAAAUAUGGUAUUGGCUUCCCGGUACAGUUUCUCAAUCAGGCUGGAGCCCUUGUAUUGAUCUAUAAAGAUGGUUCAGUGCUACUCAGUCAUGGAGGUGUGGAGAUUGGUCAAGGAUUACAUAUAAAGAUGAUAUCAAUAGCAGCUGAAGUUCUAGGUUGCAAUAUCGAUCGAAUACGUAUCAGUGAAACGUCAACAGAUAAAGUACAUAAUACAACUACAACAGGAGGUUCGGCUUCGUCAGAUCUCAAUGGCAUGGCUGUUCGACAUGCGUGUGAACAACUUCGUGAACGAUUGGAUACACUUUUGGUUGAUAAAAAUGUCCCUAUUUCAUGGGAAGAUCUUAUCAAACAAGCAUAUUUCGCUCGUAUCGAUCUAUGUGCACAUGGAUUCUAUGCAACACCAGGAAUGUUUGACGUGGAUUUUUCACAAAAUCGAGCUACUUGCAAUUAUUUUACACAAGGUGCUGCAGUCACCGAAGUUGAAUUGGACACAUUGACAGGUGACUGGCAUCUAUUACGUGUGGACAUUCUCAUGGAUGUUGGCAAGUCACUGAAUCCUUCUAUCGAUAUUGGUCAAAUUGAAGGUGCAUAUAUGCAAGGUGUUGGUUUGUUUACCAUGGAAGAACUCAUUUGGGGUGAUCAUACAGAACAUAAAUGGAUUAAACCAGGAGAACUGAUUACUUGCGGACCGGAUACAUAUAAAAUUCCAUCGUUUAGUGAUGUUCCAAUUGAUCUACGCGUUUCACUUUUAUCGGACUCGUCAAAUCCACGAGCUAUCUAUUCAUCGAAGGGUAUUGGUGAACCACCAAUCUUACUUGCUACUUCAGCUUUCUUUGCACUCAAACAAGCUUGUAUGGCCUAUCGACAAGAUCAAGGUUUCCAAGAUUAUUUCACACUUCAUUCACCAGCUACUGUGGAACGACUUCGAAUGGCUUGUGCCGAUGAAUUCACUCGCCGCGUGUGCUCUAAUGAACAUCAAACAUAUCAACCUAGAGGUUCCUAUUGA